AUGGACCCUAGCACAGAAUCACUCAUGCACAUGCCCAACGCCUUCCGCUACUGGAGCGAAAUCCCACUCUACAUGAAGAUCCUCGCCGUCAACGCCCUGCCCAUCGCCUACGUGACCGCGGAGCUCGUGGACGGAUACAACAACUGGCACGCCCUCGGCCAGGGGGGCUUGCCGCAUAAUUUCCUGGGGUACCUGAUUAACCUUGUGAUUACGGUGGUGUUUGCGAAGCGGGACACGAAGGGCACAGAGUGCUAUCGGAAACCGGAGCGGUAUGCGAUGGGGUGGGGGGAGGCGGGGAAGGAGGAGCGGGAGAGGGUGACGAAGGGGUGGGGGUUGGGUAAGGUGGGACGGAGGGGUGGGGAGGCGGGGGAGGCGAAGUGGUAUGUUGCGCCGCAGCGGGAGCAUUAUGCGCGGAGGGGGGUGGAUCCGCAGCUUAAGACGGCAUACUUCGACGGCUUCACCCAAUUAGCAGACAAACACACCGAUUCCCUAGCCUGGAGCACCUCCGUCCUCGAACGGCACGGCCAAGCUCUCUUCUUGAAGGAAAGCUAUUCCAUCCCGACGCUGAUCGCGAAGUGCAAGCGCGAGGUAGCGCAUAUCCACGAGAGCGAUCUUUCAGCGCACGUCCUCCUGUCCUUCGCAGACGCGAAGCGAGUCAUCGAGGAAGGCUGGGGCGAGCGGCAUCGCUUGACGGGGACGAGGUUUCUGCCGCUGGGGUAUACGAUGUUGUAUGCUCCGAGGGAUAAGGGGGAGGUGGAGGUGCUGUUGGGGAUUUUGGAGGCGGGGAUGCGGUAUGCUGAGAGUAACGGGAAGGCAUCAUAG